UUCACAUUUCCAUUUUUUCAAUGUUCUAAUUAAUGCCCUUUUAAUUAGUUGAACAUUUGUUUGAUGAAUUUUAUAUAGAAUAAUCCAAUAAACGUAGUUUAGAGAAUUUAUUUGGGCAAAACCUGUAAUUUUUUGAGUUGAUACCCACUUGACUGAGAUUUCUGAGAAAUUGGGAAAAUUACGGUCUAUGUCUACUUGGAGGAAAUAUUUACGCCACGUAGCCCAUAUUUUGAGUUUGUUAUCUGGUUUAGUCCAUAUUUGUGUAUAAACACCUUUUAUACACUAUUAUACAAGGUUGAUAGAUUAUGUAUAAUGCUUUCCACCAGGCAUAAUGUUGUAUAAUAUUGUAUAUUGGGCUACGUGGCGUAAUAUUUUAUCUUGGGCUGUAGUUUAUUGAGUUCAUACCACUUGACUGAGAUUUCUGAGAAAUUGGGAAAAUUAUGGUCUAUGUCUACUUGGAGGAAAUAUUUACGCCACGUAGCCCAUAUUUUGAGUUUGUUAUCUGGUUUAAUCCAUAUUUGUGUAUAAACACCUUUUAUACACUAUUAUACAAGGUUGAUAGAUUAUGUAUAAUGCUUUCCACCAGGCAUAAUGUUGUAUAAUAUUGUAUAUUGGGCUACGUGGCGUAAUAUUUUAUCUUGGGCUGUAGUUUAUUGAGUUCAUACCACUUGACUGAGAUUUCUGAGAAAUUGGGAAAAUUAUGGUCUAUGUCUACUUGGAGGAAAUCUUUACGCCACGUAGCCCAUAUUUUGAGUUUGUUAUCUAGUUUAAUCCAUAUUUGUGUAUAAACACCUUUUAUACACUAUUAUACAAGGUUGAUAGAUUAUGUAUAAUGCUUUCCACCAGGCAUAAUGUUGUAUAAUAUUGUAUAUUGGGCUACGUGGCGUAAUAUUUUAUCUUGGGCUGUAGUUUAUUGAGUUCAUACCACUUGACUGAGAUUUCUGAGAAAUUGGGAAAAUUAUGGUCUAUGUCUACUUGGAGGAAAUAUUUACGCCACGUAGCCCAUAUUUUGAGUUUGUUAUCUGGUUUAAUCCAUAUUUGUGUAUAAACACCUUUUAUACACUAUUAUACAAGGUUGAUAGAUUAUGUAUAAUGCUUUCCACCAGGCAUAAUGUUGUAUAAUAUUGUAUAUUGGGCUACGUGGCGUAAUAUUUUAUGAUGGGCUGUAGUUUAUUGAGUUCAUACCACUUGACUGAGAUUUCUGAAAUUGUAUUUUGCUAAUACUAGAUGCUGCAUACAUUUGUUGUUUACUGGUGUUAUGGUUACACAAUAUUUUGCUGUUGUUACUAUUCUUUUUCUGAAUGCUGUGUACUGCUUUCCUUAUUAGUUGUCAUGUUUUCUUUGCUGCCGCAUUUCCUCUUUCAUAAUUACCUUGCUUUGAUGCACUCGAGUCGAUGGUGGUAAGAAAAAAUUUCCCAUUUUUUCUAUAAGUAAAAUAAACUAUAUGAAAUAGAAAAUUCGAGGGGGGUGGGGGCCAGGGCGGGGUGAUGGGGUAAGAAAAAAAUUCCAUUUUUAUAUAAAAGUAAAAUAAAAUAUAUGAAAUAGAAAAUUCUUCUGGAAAAACCUCUCUACCUCCACGAGAUAGGGGUAAGGUCUGCAUACAUAGACCCUUCCCAGACUCCAUUUGUGAGAUUAUACUGGGUAUGUUGUUAUUGUUGUUGUUGUUGAAGGUAUAGUUGACUGGUAGAGAGUGUUUGGACUUUGGGUAUUAGCACAAUUCUCUGGUUAAUAGUCAUCUAUAACCCACAUAAGUAGGAUUUCCAAUUUCAAAAAUUUCAAUGUCCAAAGCAUUUUUUCUGUUGAUGGACAGAUUUAAUUAAUGCCCUCAAAUCAGUUGUGCAUUUGUUUGAUGAAUUUGUGUAGAAGAUUUCAGUAAACAAAGAUGAACUAGAGUUUUCAGCUGGGCAAUAUCUAUAAGUAUUCGAGUUCAUACCACUUGACUAAGAUUUCUGAGUUUGUAUUUUGCUAACAUCGAUGCUGCAUACCUAUUUUUUCAUUUGAAGGUAUAGUUGACUGGUAGGAGCAAAUGGCAUCUGUUUCUGGGUCUAAAAGUUGGAUUGAUGAAAGCUCUCCUGACUUGUUGAAGAACACACCGUCAAAUAUUAGGAGGUUAGCAGAUGAGAUUGAGCACUUAGAGGGUAGGCAAAAGUACCUUGCUCAGACUAGAAGUCCUUCAGAUGGUGGUGAUGUUCGUUGGUAUUUCAACAAGAUGCCUUUGGCAGUAAACCAACCUGCUGCCGCAGUCCCCCAAGCAGAGAUAGUGGGAAAGGGUGAUUACUUUAGAUUUGGCAUGAGAGAUUCUCUUGCAAUUGAGGCUUCUUUCUUGCAGAGAGAGGAUGAAUUGCUUUCUUGUUGGUGGAAAGAGUAUGCAGAGUGCAGUGAGGGCCCAAAAGGGGCUCCAAAUAGAUUUAGUCCUGCAUCAGAAAUAUCUUCUCCGGAGAGCUCUCAAGCAGCUGAAAAGUAUUCAGUUGAAGAAGAAAGAGUCGGGGUCCCCGUAAAGGGUGGCCUCUAUGAGGUAGAUUUGGUGAAGAGACAUUGUUUUCCUGUUUACUGGAAUGGAGAAAAUCGUCGUGUCUUAAGAGGUCACUGGUUUGCUCGUAAAGGGGGUCUGGAUUGGCUUCCACUACGUGAAGAUGUUUCUGAGCAGUUGGAGUUUGCAUAUCGCAGUAAGGUUUGGCAUAGAAGAACCUUUCAGCCAUCAGGGCUCUAUGCAGCUCGAGUUGAUAUGCAAGGCUUCUCCCCAGGACUGCAUGCUAUUUUUACUGGAGAAGAUGAUACUUGGGAAGCCUGGCUAAAUGCUGAUGCCUCUGGUUUCGCUGGUGCUAUAGGAUUUGGGGGGAGUGGUGUUAAGCUAAGGCGUGGAUAUGCUCUUCCUCAGUCAUCAAAACCAACACAGGACGAAUUACGUCAACGGAAGGAAGAAGAAAUGGAUGAUUAUUGCUCACAGGUCCCUGUUCGACAUCUGGUGUUCAUGGUUCAUGGUAUUGGUCAAAGGUUGGAAAAAUCAAAUCUUGUAGAUGAUGUUAGUGACUUCCGUCAUAUCACGUCAAUCCUUGCUGAACGACACUUAACCUCGUACCAACGUGGCACUCAGAGAGUCCUCUUCAUCCCAUGCCAGUGGAGGAAGGGCUUAAAGCUUGGUGGUGAGGCUGCAGUUGAAAAAUGUACUUUAGAUGGUGUGCGGGGAUUGCGCGAGGUGUUGAGUGCUACGGUGCAUGAUGUGCUGUAUUACAUGAGCCCCAUUUACUGCCAGACUAUUAUUGACUCGGUCUCCAACCAGUUGAAUAUGUUAUACUUGAAGUUUCUUAAGAGGAAUCCCGGUUAUAGUGGAAAGGUUUCCUUGUAUGGUCAUUCCCUUGGGAGUGUCUUGUCAUAUGAUAUCCUAUGCCAUCAAACAAAACUGUCCUCCCCUUUUCCCAUGGAGUGGUUGUACAAAGAACAAAAUGAGAAUAAAUUGUCUCAGCAGGAUCAAAGCAACCUAUCUUUAGACCAAAACUCUGCCUUCAGUUCAGAUGAUGAAACCUAUAUUAGGGGGGAAAAUAAAAGUAAUGUGUCAGAUAAAGACAAAAUGAAUGUAGAACCAAGCUCAUCAGAUUCUGUGGAAGAUCGUACUGAAGAUGUUUGUCAUCCAGUGGGCCCUCCUGCUUCAUCAGACUCAGACGAAACAGCCACAACCGAUGAUUUCAAGAAACUUAAUGAUUCCUCAGCAAAUGAAAAUUCUCACGAACCUCCUAUUGAUGAAAGGGACACCAUAAAUGAUGCCGAGAAAAUGGAAGAUGGAAUAGUUGAGUUUGAUCAAAAUAUUGAUGAGGGAGCAUCUGAAAAGGAAAAAGACAGAACAAUCAUUUCCCUGAGGGAAGAGAUUGAUAUGCUGAGAGCAAAACUCCAAGAAUUAGAAUCCGAGUGUGUAAAGAAAGAAAAGGGAGGAACGAACUCAGCUACGAGAAUUCAAUAUACUCCUGGAAGGCUUUCUCCUGAGGAAAGUGAUUCCGCAAAGAGUUAUACCCCGCAAAUAAGAUACACAAAGUUGAAAUUUAAGGUCGAUACAUUUUUCGCUGUUGGAUCCCCUCUUGGUGUUUUUCUUUCCCUCCGCAAUGUCCGUAUUGGGAUUGGCAGGGGGAAAGAAUACUGGGAAGAGGAUAAUAUAGUUGAAGAGAUGCCAGCUUGUCGACAAAUGUUCAACAUAUUCCACCCUUUUGAUCCGGUGGCAUACAGAAUAGAACCACUCGUCUGUAAGGAAUAUCUCAACAAACGCCCCGUCAUUAUACCCUACCACGGAGGUGGGAAACGACUGCAUGUUGGUUUUCAGGAAUUUAAAGAAGAAGUAGCUUUGCAUUCACAGGCUUUUGUGAACAAUAUUAAUACUGUAAAGGUAAAGGUGAUUACUCUUUGUCAAUCGAGAGACAAGGAUGGCGAAGAUGAGGGUCCCCAAGAUUCUCAGGAGAUAGAAGAGAGGUCAUAUGGUUCAAUUAUGAUGGAGAGAUUAACUGGAAGUGAAGAUGGUCGAGUAGAUCAUGUUUUACAAGAUAAAACAUUUCGGCAUGCAUACAUCUCAACCCUUGGAGCGCACACGAACUACUGGAGAGAUAAAGAUACAGCUCUUUUUAUGCUAAAACACUUGUACCGGGAUAUACCAGAGGAUUCCUACUCGUCCUGUGAACCUGUGGAGGGAAGUUCAAAGGAUGAUAGAAAUACAGUGAGCUGGUCUGAUCAAAGAGAGGAGGCUGAUGAAGAAUUUCCAUUAACAUUUGCGGACAAAGUAACUGUGAAAAGUUUUUCUCACAAAGCCCGGAAAACUCUGAAGUGGUGAAUCAUGUUGAUCUCUUUCGACUAGAGGUGCAGAAAAUACCAUUUCUGGAGUUAUGUUACUUCAAGGAGAGUGUUGAAGUAUAUUUGCCACUUGCGAUGCUCAACUUGUCCUUCAUUCAAGUGGUGGGCUCCUUUGUGAGGCGCGGUCGGAAAUACCGUAUACUGGUUGCAGAAUUUGAUGUGAACGAAGGCAUAUCUCUGCAUCCGUGAUGUUUAACCAUCUCCGGUUAGAUUGAUCUCCGUCUCGAAAGGAAAAUGAGAAGCAUAAGAUCGGUCUUCCGGUGUAAAAAGUGAAAAAGGAUAUGCUUAUGUGACUUGAGCCGUUUGUGUAUACUUGUUUUUAGAUGUGAAUUUCUGGCACUGACAUGUAAAUAUAGCUCUGUUAGAAUGUAUCAAUAUGCAGCUUAAUUUAUGUAAUUCAUUGUCAUUUUCCUCGUUG